UCAAAUCUUUAUCGUCACUCACAUUGCCACAUUUUUAAGAAACGCGCUAGUAGUUUUACUUGUGACACACCAUGGCAGCUGACAUGCAGAACAUUAAGGAGGGAUGGUUCACGGAAACCAGCCCAAUGUGGCCGGGGCAAGCCACCAGCUUCCAAAUAGAGGAGGUCCUCCACCACAAGAAAUCCAAAUUUCAAGAUGUUAUGGUUUUCAAGAGUAAAGCCUAUGGGAACGUCUUGGUGCUGGAUGGAGUGGUCCAGUGCACCGAGAGGGAUGAGUUUGCCUACCAAGAGAUGAUUGCCCUCCUUCCCCUGUGUAGCCACCCUAGUCCCAAGAAGGUGCUCAUCAUUGGGGGAGGAGAUGGUGGAGUCCUCAGGGAAGUGGUGAAGCAUCCACUGGUGGAGUCAGUGGUGCAGUGUGAGAUCGAUGAGGAUGUCAUUAAUGUGUCGAAGAAGUACCUGCCAGGGAUGGCCACAGGCUUUUUCAGUCCCAAGCUUACCCUCCAUGUUGGAGACGGCUUCGAAUUUAUGAAGCAGAACCAGGAUGCUUUUGACAUCAUCAUAACUGAUUCCUCAGACCCUGUCGGUCCUGCUGAGAGUUUGUUCGGGGAGUCUUACUAUCAGCUGAUGAAUUCAGCAUUGAGAAAGGGUGGAAUUAUUUGCUCCCAGGGAGAGAGUCUAUGGCUCCAUUUGGACCUGAUAAAGAAGAUGCAAACCUUCAGCAAGACCAUAUUCCCUGUGGUGGACUACUCCUACAGCACCAUUCCAAGUUAUCCCAGUGGCCAAAUUGGAUUCAUGCUCUGCAGUAAAAAUCCUGAAACAAACUUCCGAGUGCCAUUGAACGAAUUGUCACAAGAAGAGCGGGAUAACAUGAAACUUCGGUAUUACAACCCAGACAUUCACAAAGCAUCAUUCGUCCUUCCUGAGUUCAUGAGAAAGGUACUCUCUGAAGCAUGACCAGCAACAGCAGACGCCACUGUUCAUCCUCUACCUGGCCCUCAGACCACAGUCAUACAACCUUGUUCUACAGCUUCUUCACCUCCUCAAUAAUGGUCACCGUUCAGCUCCACUAAAGAGAGUAGCCUCCUGAUGAUAGGUGGACACUAAUGAUCAGUAGGUAGGAACAUGCUGAGUUAUACUGAGAAAGUUCUGAUGUUGUCCUCUUUCCAGUCCUACACGCUCGUAGUGUUUAUUUAUUUUUCUCAUGUAUUAGGUUUUUCACUCAUUCACUACUCUCUGUAAUUGUCUUAUCAGCAUUGUGUGAAGAGCAGUUUAAUGGGUUAGGCUGAGUGGGAAGAGAAUUGCCAUCAAAUCUGACCUCACUCUGAAACAAUGAACUGUUUAUUGGAUUCACUGCAUCUACGCUUUGUGCAAUAUAUAAAUAUAUAUUACAUACGACAUAGAGUAUGUAAAUGUAAUGUAUUGCUGGGAUUUUAUUGGUAAUGGUUCAUUUCCAUAUGUGCUCAUAGGAAAAUACACACUUGCCAUCUGUCAUGUUUGUAUAUUCAGCAUAUGGUAUCCUCUACACAAACAUGAACCCUAUAGUGCCUGAAAUUGGUUGUUCAUUGUUGCAAAAGAAAACGUUCUUUGUCUAUCAUACUGUACCAGGCAGGUAGUUUCUUAGAUGAAAGCUUGAGUCUCAAGAGUUGACAAAAUUGUCCCUUUUAAAAUAUCAGUAAAGAUUAAAUUAAUGUGAUUCAUGCUCAGCUUUGACCAUACGUUUGACAUGAAAUACUUCAAUGUUACUGUUACUGUUACAAUUCAAAUUUUGUUAAAUUAAGUAUGAAGUUGAACCGUUUGUGAUGCAAGAAAUGUCUUAAAGAUGCAACUUCAUUAUGCAAUUGUAACUUGCAGUAUUGAGUAUUGACUAGCCUACUGGUAGUAAGCUUGUACUGUAUUAAGCCUGUGUGCUCAGUCUUACUGCAGGCUGCUGUUAAUUUCAAUUAAUGAAAAUCUUGUGUUUCAGUGCAGUUUGUUUAGCUAACAUCAAACAUCUUGUGUUAUGAUCUAUUAGUUGUAAAAACACAUUGAAUCUUUGUUGAAAAAUGGUGUCAUACUUGAGUAAUGAAAUUUGUUUUGAUAAGAAUUAUGAACUGUAAUAAAUUGGUAAC